UUCCCUUUUUUUAAUCCUGCCCGAAAGCCAGCUUCUUCGUCGUCGUUGUCUGUCGAUACACUCCUCCUCCAACUCAACCACCGAGUCCUUUCCAUCACACCAACAUCACACAAAUCCCGACAAAAUGUCCUGGCAAGCCUAUGUUGACUCGAGCCUUGUUGGCACCGGCCACAUCGAUAAGGCCGCCAUCAUCAGCGCCGCUGGUGACAGCACCUGGGCUGCGACUCCCGGCUUCACGCUGAGCGCCGAUGAGAUGAAGUUCAUCUCCGCCGUCCUCGGUGAUAAUGGCAAGGGCCCCAACGUUGACAAGGUUUUCGCCGAGGGUCUCCACGUUGCCGGUCAGCGCUACGUUGCCUUCAACAUCGAGGGUCGUCACGUCUACGGUCGCCAGGGCAAGACUGGCGUCAUCAUCGUCAAGACAACACAGGCCAUCCUCGUCGCCCACUACGGCGAGAACGCUGUCGCCGGCAACUCGACACAGACCGUCGAGGCGCUCGCCGAUUACCUCAUCAAGGCCGGAUACUAAGUUAUGUUGGGAGGUAGUGGAAAGAAGGAUGAGAUGAUUGGAUGUCUUAAGAGUCACUGAACAAGAAACAAAUGAAAACGGGAUGAAGACAAGGAAGACGAAGGAUGGGAAGACGGAAAAGAAACCGAAAGACUUUCCUGUGAAGGAGUAUUGGGGACUGGUGUACUGGAUGGAUGAUAUCCUUAAACAGGCAUAGGCCCUUGGGAAUUUUUUUUUCUGGAACUGACAGCACACUUUGGCGGAAUUUGCCUUUCCAUAUGCCAGUCGAAGCUGCCGGUCGUGAAAAACGUUCGUCGUCCGUUGUGCAUCAUUGGGGUUAUAUAAUAUCGUGAUUUUGUAGACAAUCUAACCCCCCAAACCAUCUAUAGUAUUUGAUUCUUCCUCUCACAAUUAUGCAUGAAAAGAAAGCCCGAUACUUCCCUCUUCAUAUUACAACUUGGGUAUCCCAAAGUUCGCUCCAACGCCGUUUGUGUGAAUGUGCAUGUUGAUCGUGGGCAUUAGACCCUUCAUAGGCGUUCCCUCCCCUUUUCGUUUCACAACCGUCGUUUCUUCGUUCAUGUUCCCGUUCGCCUCAUAUUCUUUCUUUUGCCCUCCUUUUCAUAGCGCGAGCGCUGAACCUGUCUUGCGCCCGACCCUCCGAUGUCAUUCAACCGAACGGCAAAGCGAGUAUUCGUGAGCUUUCGAAGAGCGGCGCCAUGGCCAGACCAUAUCCUCGUUCGGCACGUUUGCACUAUGCCACGGCGCCCUCGCCUUUUCCCCUCAACACUCAAUCCCUCCAUUUAAACAGGCAAAUCCGCAUUCUGCCUCGCCACCACACCAGACCGAUCAACCGCGGUGCCGAUAUAAGGUCCAAUAACAGGAAUGUUGCGCGCGAAACCCGCUAUCGUUCCCAGGAAGUCGCCAAAGAGGACCAUAAUCCCGUAAAGCUCCACGC